AUGGCUGCCAUGGAGAAGGCUGUCGUCUCCAGCCGCGUUGGGUUGAAGAGGGAAGACUGUAAGCGCACCAAACAUGACUCUGCUUUCUCUGAUUGGAAGAUUCUUGUUGGGGCGUCAGAUUGGGAAGACCAUUUACUGGGGAAGCAAGGAGAAGAAAGAUAUAGGAUUCACAACCUCCCCAAUUGUUCUUCUUGCCCAGGAGUUUAUGAGCUUGGCAUAUCUGUAUCACGCCCCCGGUCAGGGCGAGAUUUCAGCAAACUUGACCCAGAUUUCAUAAUUCCUGUUUACAUUGGUCAAGCUGACAGUGUUAGGACAAGACUCCAGCAGUAUGGCCGUGAUGGUGCUCAUUUAGGGAAUGGCUACUCAAACUGCGAGCUGAAUAAUGGCAGGAAUUGUUUCGUCCUAAAAGGGCCAGGAUUGUUUACAGAUACAUUCAAAAAAGGAUUCUCCAUCGUUUAUAGAUGGGCUCCAAUGAAAAAUAAGAGUGAAGCUGAAAAAACAGAAGCUCAGCUGCUUGACAAAUUUGAUUAUGCUUGGAACAAAGGCAAUAAUGGAGAACGACGCCACAAUGAUGUUCUCCAAAAACUUGUUCAAAUGUCUUCAAGUGAUUUCCUUUCUCGAGUUUUCAAAUUUGGCAGAUCACAGCCUAGAUUAGUUUCCGUGAGAUUUGGUGUUGAGGGCCAUGAUAGCAUUUGUGGUGUGGCUCUAGGUCAUGGAUCUAUCUGUACAAGACCACCAACUGAGGGAAGAAAAAGGUGUGCUGAGCAUAAAGGGAUGAAAGUCAAUGGUUCUAAUACAAUGUUCAUUUGUGGAGUUUCCUUGCAUGAUGGCUCUACUUGUACGAGGGAACCAGUACAGGGAAACAAAAGGUGUGAGGAGCAUAGAGGGAGAAGGAUCCAUGGAUCCGUUUGUAGAACAGUGACAGAAGAGAAAGUACAAUAUGUGCCUGGUCCAGUUUUUGAAUAUAGACAAAAGUCCCAUGUUUCCUCGGGGAGGUCUGGUGUCAACAAGGGUUACACUACUAUAUGUGGGGUGAAUUUCGCAGAUGGGACUUUCUGCACAAGGCAACCUGUUUUAGAACGAAAGAGGUGUGAGGAACAUAAAGGGAUGAGGGUUAAGGAGCCUAAGCCGAAAUUGUUAGAAGCAGAAAUACCCAGUGUGUAUGAUGGUUCAGUUUCCCGAACUUGUAAUGACAAUAAGUACAAUAAUGCCCCUGCUCGGUCAGUCGAUAAGGAAUUUAUUCCAACUUGUGGGGCAACCACCCUUGAUGGUUCCUCAUGCAGUAGGAAACCAGGUGAAGGUAACAAACGGUGUUGGCAGCAUAAAGGAAUGAAGGCUGACACAAGUUCGGGGUAUUAUGGCUCCUCUUCUCGAUCGGCCUCAUAUAGUACUUUUAUCGAUGAGGGCUUUUCAUCAACUUGUGGGGCAACCACCCUUGACGGUUCCUCGUGCAGUAGGAAACCAGCUGAGGGUGACAAACGGUGUUGGCAGCAUAAAGGAAUGAAGGCUGACACAAGUUCGGGGUAUUAUGGCUCCUCUUCUCGAUCGGCCUCAUAUAGUACUUUUAUCGAUGAGGGCUUUUCAUCAACUUGUGGGGCAACCACCCUUGACGGUUCCUCGUGCAGUAGGAAACCAGCUGAGGGUAACAAACGGUGUUGGCAGCAUAAAGGAAUGAAGGCUGACACAAGUUCGGGGUAUUAUGGCUCCUCUUCUCGAUCGGCCUCAUAUAGUACUUUUAUCUAUGAGGGUUUUUCAUCAACUUGUGGGGCACUCUGCCGUAAUGGUUCCUAUUGCCGUAGGGCACCAGCUCAAGGGAGGCGAAGGUGUUGGCAGCAUUAAAUCCUUCUGUAGCAGCACAAUGCAGGAGUUUGUUCCCACUUAUUAAAUUGUCUAAAUGAGUAGUGUAUAUUUAAACCUCUCCAAAUUCUGCAGUUGCUAGAUUCUGGUGCAGUGGGCUCUCUUGUAGGAGAAUGCCAAUUCCUAGAAUGAAGAGGCCUAAGAAGCUUAAGGGAAUGAGAGUUACAACUCCCAGAAGGAAACUGGUCCUCUGAGCUGAAUCAGGUUAAUGUGUAUGGCUAUUAAAUUAUGUUUGAUUUUGUUUCGCGACAAUAGUUGAUAUUGUAUGCAACUUGGUAUCAUAAGAAAGUGUGUUCUAUUUAAUGGUUCGCAGUUUACUUUGAUUGUGUAGUG